GUAAAUAACCAACAAAAUUUCGUAUACCUAGUGACGAAAAUAAAGUGUAAUUAGCGUAAUAUGUCGCACAGGAAGAACACCAUUGUCGUGGAUUUCAGUGUCCUCCCGAGACGCCCUCCUUUGGCCCAGGUAAAGCAGUUUCUUGAGGAAUCUCUCAAGCUUAACAUGGCUGAUGUGAAAAGCAUCCAACUGCACAACCUCAAUGACUGUGUGUUUAUUGAGAUGAACAGCGCAGGCGUAGCCGCACGACUACAAAAAGAACAUCACCUCAAACACUCAUUUCACCGUCUCGGCGUAUUCUAUCAUAUUCCGGUAUACGUAGAUGGUCCCACCACUACAUUGAGGAUUCAUGAUCUUCCUCCGAGAAUGCCGAAUGAAACCAUAUCGGAUUGCCUAAAGCAAUAUGGUAAAGUUAUCUCCGUACAGAACGAGACGUGGAAGAACUUUUUUCCGGGAGUAGCAAAUGGUGUAAGAGUGGUGCGAAUGAUGCUAGAGAAAGCAAUACCAUCUCGUAUCGUUAUCGAUGACGAGCCCACGCUUGUAACUGGACAAAAACAAAACCAAUCCCAAACGCGUCCUCCAGCAGCGACGGUUUCAACAUCAUCCAACAAACAACACAAUAGUGACCCUCCGCCGAUGCGAGCCGAUGCAAGCGAAAGCGAUGAGGACGACUAUGAAGACGAAGAGAAAAACAACAACGACAGUGACGGUGAUGGUGACGAACAAACUGAUAACUUCAUAGAGUCCGGUACUGGAGCCAGCGCGAAGAGGCGAUUGUCUACUGCAUCUGCAACAACAAGCGAUAAUCAAGAAGACAAUAUUCCCAAAAGAUCGUGCAGUGAUGUUAUUGCUGAUGCUGGUGAUAGUGGAAAAAAUUGUCAUUCGGACUGGAAAGUAUACAACACACGAUCCAAGAAAAAAUAA